AUGGCCCUCAGCGGCGGCGUCGUCGCGAGCGAGAACGGCGUCGGGGACGUCACCGUGUGGCGCAUGGAAGAGCGCGAGCGCGCGCCCGUGGAGCCGUCCGCGUACGGUCAGUUCCGCGCCGGCGACUCGUACGUGAUCAAGCACACGUUCGACGGCGGCGCGUCGCACGUCGUGUACUUUUGGUUGGGAAAGGAUUCCGCCGCGGACGAGAGAGCCGCGGCGGCGGACUCGGCGGAAAAGCUCGUCGACGAGCUCGGCGGGCGCGCGACGCGAGUCAGGGUCGUCAUGGGGAGAGAGCCCGCGCGCUUUCUCGAGCUGUUC